ACGGAAGAGGAAAAAACAACGAAGAAGAAGAACAAGAAGGAGGAAGGUGGGUGAAGGAAAGGUCAGCCAUCUUCGUGAGGUCGAAACCUGCAGCACAGUGAUGCCCCGACACUGCUCAGCUGGUGGCUGCAAAUCUCGGGACAACCGUGAGAGUCGUAAUGCAGGAAUCACCUUCCACAAAUUGCCUAAAGGACCGACGAGGAGGAACCUUUGGAUCACAAACUCCCGUCGUGCAGACUCCUGGGACCCUCAGAGUGACUUUGUCUACUUUUGUUCCCAACAUUUCACCCAGGAGAGCUUUGAGCUGACCGGAUACAGUGGGAUCAGGAGACUGAGAGAAGAUGCUUUACCUACAGUGUUUGAUUCUUCGGCAACGACCAAAUCCAAGAGAGCGGGGAGGCUGCAGAAACGAGGAGACCCUCCUGUCAGGAAGAGUCCACACCUAGCUUACCGGGAGAAUGAUGAGAGCCUCCCUUCAGAUGAACCCACAGGUGAGAGCUCAGCGGCAGCACCUGGAGAGACGCCUGAAGGCACACCUGCACCUCCUCCGGAGUCUUCCGAGGUGGAGCCGCUCUCGCAGGACGAACACAGUCCUCCUCCACCAGAACCGGAGCCUCGGCCCGUCUCCCCGUCGCGCUACAUGAGACGCCUGCCCCCUCCUCCGGGCUUCUACCUGUCCAAGGAGCACAGCUACGCUCAGCUCUGCCCCCUGCUGUGGAGGAGGCGCUACGACCAGGCCAUCGACUGUCUGGAGAAGACUCUGCGACAGCUGCACGCGGCCCGGCGGAGGGAGAACCGCCUGAGGAGCACCUUGCUCAGGCUGAGAGAUAAACGGCUGAAACAGGCGCUGCUGGUGUCCAGGGACGUUUGUAAAGACCGCAGGGGUCCAGGGGAGGAGAGGAGACGAGGAGGAAGAGGAGGAGGUAACCUGGAGGAAACUGAGAACGAUGCUAAAGGUGAGGACACCGGUGUGUUUGAGGACAGAGGAGUGGAUCAGAUGGAGUUUGGAGGUCGUUUUCUUCAGGACACAAACAGCUGGUGUGAGGAGGAGAGGGGGCAGUGUUUUUACUGUGGACGAGGACAGGGACAGGACGCAGGAUGUGUCUCACAGAGCAGAGAAGAGGGGCAGCCCACAGAGCAUGAGGACUCGCACAGAAAUGACAAAACGGAUCAUCAUUGCACAGCUGAAAAGGUUAAAAACCUCCAAAUAGACAUGUUGGUGAAUUCACCGGGGAGGAGUUUAGAAAGCAAUUCUUCAGACACAGACUCCACAAUCCUGCUGCAAACUCAAACUCUGCAACAUGUGCCUGACGUCCACGAGCAGUUUUUAGGCUCUCAGCAGAAGUUUCUGCUCUCUGAGGGGGACGCUGAAGCCGUGGCUCAGCAGCUCUUUUGGAUCCAGGACUGUGCUGAGGGUUCGGUGGUUCUGGUUCCCGUCCCGGCUGAGGACGGAGCACAGCGUGUUUUAAAGAAAGCAGGGGGCACUGACAUGUCACAAACUGUUCUCGUGUCAGAGGUGGACCUUAAGGGACACUUUGGGAACCUGACGGAGAGCGGCGCGGGUGUGUGCCCUGACGGAGAGCUCAGUGAGCAGUCCGUUAUUAACCUGAAGGAGGAUGUGAGGGAGAAACUGAAAGAACACCUGGAGGGGUUUCACCUGCAGCUCAGCACAGAGUUUCUAACAUGAACACAAUAGAGACAUCUUUAUUCUGCAGACUCAAUAAUAACAGAAGCUCAUUUAAUUAAAGAACAGUUUAUUUGUCUGUUUUUUAUGUGUUUGUGGACCUUAAAGGCAGGGUUGGUCAUUUUCAAAAACAUUCCCUCUGCGCUUCCUCAAAAGCCUCACGCUCCUCACUUACAUAUCAGAUU